AUGGACGCCUCCUCCCUCCGCAUCUCCAAGUUCGAUGGAACUAACUUCCACGCCUGGAAGUUCAAGAUGCAGAUGGUGCUGGAGGAACGGGACCUAUGGGAGGUCGUCAGCGGUGAGAUCAAGGCGGAACAGUGCGAGACUCAGUUGGACCAAGCGACGUACAAGAGGAAGUCAAGAAAGGCGAUGGCAGUGAUCUGUCUAGCCAUGGAAGAUUCCCAGCUACCGUUGGUCCGGUCGGCAAGUGGUGCAUGCGACGCAUGGUCAAGGUUGGAAGACCACUUCGAGAAGAAGAGUCUUGCCAACAAGCUGUUCUUGCGCCGUCGCUUCUUCACGACAAUGAUGGAAGAAGGCGACGAUGUGCUCGAACACAUCAACAAGCUCAAGACGCUGGCGGAACAGCUAGAAGCGGUGGGGGCUCCAGUCUGCGAGGACGAUCUGGUGAUCACACUCCUCGGCAGCCUGAGUGACUCGUAUCAAUUCUUGAUCACAGCUUUGGAGUCGCGCUCAGACACUCUUAGCUGGGAGCUCGUGACGUCUCGACUGCUUCAUGAAGAAAUGAAGCGGAAGGAGCAAGGAAGUAAAGGUGAUGAAGCUUCGCAAGGUCAAGCGUUCAUCACAAGGGACAAUCAGCGCAAAGGGCGACCAGUGAAGAAGUCCUGGCCGUGCCACAAUUGCGGAAAGAUUGGUCAUUGGAUGGCGGAGUGCCCCUCGCGCAUCCAAGAAAACACGGAGAGACACCGGCCACAGCGUGCUCAAGACAGCGGCGACCGCUAUCGAUCACAACGUGCAAACGUCGCUCAAGAAGAAGACUCGGGCGACUACCUCUUUUCGAUCGGUGAAACGACAUCUGCGAAAUCGAGCGACAUCUGGCUGGUCGACUCCGGGGCGACGCAGCACAUGACGUGCUCCAAGAAGUUCAUGCGGAACUACAAGGGGUUUGACGCUGUGGAUGUCCAUCUCGCGGAUGAUGGAAUCGUCCAAGCAAUCGGCAGUGGGGACAUUGUCAUGUCGAUGAAGACACCCCAAGGGAUGAAGAAAGGUGUGCUCACAAACGUGUGGCACAUCCCAAAGUUAUCCAGAAACCUGUUCUCGGUCGGCCGCUUCACCAAGGAUGUCGGCCCAGUGACGUUCACGAAGGAUGGGUGCUAUGGAGAAGCGAAAGGGACCAAGUGGAAAAUUGGUGCCCGUGAAGGUAAAGGACUGUUCAAGCUGCAAAUGACUCCAGUGGCGCCGUAA